AUGGAACAGGUACAUCUCUUCACGAAGAAACAAAAACCGACCCAUAUAAGCCAUACUCUUUCAUUUCCAACCCAUGUCCUGGAGGCGUUUUCGUUUCCUCAAGGAGCCCAUAUGAUGAAAUUUGAAGCAAUCGAUGCUACUGAUAAUGCAUGGAAGUUUUGUCUAUCAACCCGUCUGACUGGAGCAUACCCAAAACCUGUUCUUCUACGCUCUUCUUGGCAUCGUUUUGUAGAGCAGAAAGGCCUUGUUCCCGAAGACAGGGUUGUCUUCUUCAUGGAGAGAGAUGGCAUGCUCAGGAGGUACACGGUGAAAGCUCAACGAAAAGUGAUGAUCUUGAUGGGGCAAGAUAUUUGGGUCGACGUCGAGGAUCUUCCCCUGUAUGGUCUUUGA